AUGACUGCUCAUCGCGUUGCUGAUUACAUGAACCUUGAUGACAAAUCGACACAAGAAUUACUGAGAAGUCGUCUAAAAAUCUGGGAAGGAAUUAUUCAAGGCGGGGACCCGGAUGACUUCAAGGUAUCUGAGAAAGUUUAUUUUUCUCAUCUCCUCGCUACCCUAAAUACCGAAUUUCGCGAAGCAGUUGUUGGAUUCGUAAACAAUGACUUCGAUUCAAUGGAUCUUGACGGCGACGGCUUCAUCUCCCCGAAGGAACACAGAGCAUUUUUCUACGGCUUUGGAAUUCCGACGGAGCAUUCUGCGGCAGUCUUUGAAGCGUUUGAUACCGACCGCGAUGGCCUGAUCAGCAGAGAAGAGUUCGUUCAAGGAGCGGUGGAUUUCACUUUAAGUGAAGAUGAAAACAGUCCUUACAAUUGCUUUUUGGGGCCACUUGUGAAAUAA